AGUCAAUAUCCGCACUAAAAAGAGUGGCACCCGUCUCAAACUUAAUUCCUGCAGCUGGCUGCAUUUUUUGUCCAAUUAUAAUAAUCAACUUGCACUUUUUUAACUACAAAUUUUACCUAAUCCAGUUAAAAUAUCACAUUUACUUAAUUCCCUGAUUGAACUCGGAGCAAUGGAGCCGUCCACCCCGUCGUCGGACGUCAUUCCCGAAAAACAGUUGAAAAUUUGGAAAAUAUUUCGCAACGUGGGGCCAGAUGGAGAGGAAAUUUUGAAAACGGCAAAAUUGGCACAUUCUGCCGCCUACAAUCGUGGAUUAGUCGUCACCAUGACUGACGAAACGUAUUCCUUCGUCCGUGAGGGCGACGAUGUUUGCAAGAUUUUAAAAAUUCCGGAACUUUCCGGCGUUCAGGUGGAAGAAUUCGUCACUGGAACCAUCAACUUUGCCGUGACCGUGGACCGACAAGUCUUCUCCUGGUACUGGGGGGUUCCCCCUGCACCCGUGACGGGCAGCUUGACGGGGGUCCAAGCACGUCAAAUCGCACUAUCAGAAUUCGAGGGGAUCCUGGCGUUAAGUGUGGGUGGGGAUGUCCAUCAAUGGGGUUUAACUCAAUCCGAGAAUUGGAGGCGAGCCUGGACCUGGACGAAAAUUCCAAAGGAACACUUUGGCAACCAGGAGGUCAUCUCUAUCGCCUGCGUGGAGCUCACCGGCGUCGCUUUGACUUCAAAAGGAAUGUUGUAUCAAUGGAUAUCGGGCGAGGGCGGUACGAUGCCAAAAAAAGUCAGGAUCGCGGGAUCCGUACCAUUUAAAAAGGUAACGGGAGGUUCUGACUUCAUUGCUGCACUCACUCUAAAAGGAGAAAUGCGCUAUUUGAAGAUCAAGCAUCCAGGGUUGAUAUCCGGCGGCGAUACGACGACUGAAUGGAAGACGAUCUUCAAGGAUCACAAAAUCCAAGAUAUGGCAUCCUGUACUUGGCCAGGAAAGGUCUUUGUGGUCGAGUUGAAUAAGGACGCACGCUUUGUGCUUUCUUCCCCUCUCCCAGAGGCAUCGCACCACGCUCCUUCAUUCACACUGCCAAGUAGUUUGUCAAUGGAUGAACUUUUUUCUCAAAAUGGGGACACGUCGUACCAGACUAUUUCCGCGCAAGUAAAAACACGAAACAAAGCGAGUGAUGUGCUUUGCAACUUGUGGGAGAAUAAGAAACUUGCCGACGUUGCCUUUUCCGUGGAAGGGAAAGUCAUCACGGCGCACAGAUGCAUUCUUGCCGAAAGAAGUGAAUAUUUCGAAAUUAUGUUCAGCCGCGAGUGGAUGGAGGCGACGGGAGGGGCAUCAUCGGCGAUUGAGGUCAAGGACACGAAGUACGACGUAUUCGAAGCAUUGCUCUUUUACAUUUACACUGAUCUGAUUAAAUUCAAGGAGGACGAGGAUGAAAAUAUUUUUGAACUUAUGAAAUUGGCCGACUUUUAUUGCCAAGUCAAACUUCAUAACGAAUGUGAGAAAAUUCUGAUCAACAACAUCAGCGAGGAAAAUGCUUUCUUUUUUGCGAGAAUCGCUUCCUCCGUGAACGCUUCGACUUUGGAGGAGAAAGCGAUGAAAUUUAUUGCCGAUUAUCAAGUCCUUGGGGACAAUUCGUCGCCUGAGAAGAAGCCUUGGCGUGGCUUUAUGGAUGCAUUCGAAAAAAUGUCGGCAGCCUUGCUUAAUCAAUAGUUUCCAAUUUAUGAGGAAUUAUUAAAAUGGUAAAUUCUACCAUUUUAUUUAAUAACCAUUAUAAUUUGAAUAACUUACUUGAUCUUACAUAAACAUAUUAAUUCACUAUUUGUGUAUGUACAUUUAUGUUUAAUAAAAUUAUUUCUUUAUGAAUUUGCAAA